UAGAACUCCUAUCGUUAAUCGAUAUCAGGAGAGGAGAUGCCAUUUGUCCGAGGCCUAUCGGGAGAAAAAAAAAAUAAUAUAUAAUAAUAGAAUAUUCCACCGUGAUAAUAUUGCCAAGCAUUGUUUUCCGCGUCUUUGCCGUCGGUAAUUGGGCAACUGCCAGAACGACCAGAAAGCCAACACUUGAAGAUCCCCGAAUAGCAGGAUAAUCGGCAGAAGAUACGAGACAGGCCAACCACAACGACAACCACAUCCGCAGCCAAAUCCCAAUCCACAUCUAAUUUCAAGUAAAAACACAGCGAAGAAUUCAUCGGAAUGCCAUUGUUCGGGAAAUCCCAGAAGUCACCAGUGGAGCUGGUCAAGUCGCUAAAGGAGGCGAUUAACGCCCUGGAGGCGGGCGACCGCAAGGUUGAGAAGGCGCAAGAGGACGUCAGCAAGAACCUAGUAUCGAUCAAGAACAUGCUAUACGGAAGCAGUGAUGCCGAGCCGCCAGCGGACUAUGUGGUGGCCCAGCUGUCGCAGGAGCUGUACAACAGCAACCUGCUGCUUCUGCUCAUCCAAAACCUGCACCGCAUCGACUUCGAGGGUAAGAAGCAUGUGGCCCUGAUAUUCAACAAUGUGCUGCGACGCCAAAUAGGCACCCGUUCGCCCACCGUAGAGUAUAUAUGCACGAAGCCGGAGAUCCUGUUCACUCUGAUGGGCGGUUACGAGGAUGCGCAUCCAGAGAUCGCCCUGAACUCUGGCACCAUGUUGAGGGAGUGCGCUCGUUACGAGGCCCUGGCCAAGAUUAUGCUGCACUCCGAUGAUUUCUUCAAGUUCUUCCGCUACGUGGAGGUGUCAACCUUCGACAUUGCCAGCGAUGCCUUCUCUACGUUCAAGGAACUGCUCACGCGCCACAAGCUGCUGUGCGCCGAGUUUCUGGACGCUAACUACGACAAGUUCUUUUCGCAGCACUACCAGCGGCUGCUCAACUCAGAAAACUAUGUAACGCGGCGUCAGAGCUUGAAGCUGCUUGGUGAACUGCUGCUGGACCGGCACAACUUCACCGUGAUGACGCGCUACAUCUCCGAGCCCGAAAACCUCAAAUUGAUGAUGAACAUGCUCAAGGAGAAGUCACGUAACAUCCAGUUCGAGGCGUUUCACGUCUUCAAGGUGUUUGUGGCGAACCCCAACAAGCCGAAGCCUAUCCUGGACAUCCUGCUGCGCAACCAGACAAAGCUUGUCGACUUUCUGACUAACUUCCACACGGACCGCUCCGAAGACGAGCAGUUUAACGACGAGAAGGCCUAUCUGAUCAAGCAGAUAAAGGAGCUGAAGCCGCUGCCUGAGGCUUAGUUGGGCCUGGACUUCGGCUCCAACUCCAGCUUCAGCGUCCCGGGGGCAACACAACCGUCGCCAGAAGCGAUAGAUAUGGAAGCAGAGCGAGCGAUGGUGGGUUAACAGGAUGUGAACAUGUUUUGUGUGUGGGUUAAAGCAAAUAUAUAUUAUAUAUACUAUAUUUUGUGACGAUGAUGACUCUACACUUGUGAGUAACUAAACAAUAAUUUAGACAACAACACUGAUGAUAAUGAUAAAUAGCGAUAAAGCGAAUUAGAAAACAACAAAAAGUACGAGUAAAUAGCGUAAAGCCGAAAAAACACGAAAGAGAGUUUCGAAUUUAACAUAGCCACAUUUAGACAUUCUGGGCCUAGAGAUCCACUAUCUUACUAUACAUACAUACAUAUAUGUUUUACCAUCCGUCUGUCCUCCGCUAAUCCCUCUUCUAGACCCAAUUUCAAUAUCUUUUUAAAUAGUUGUUGUAUUUGAAAUUUGAGCGUUUUUGAAACGAGAAAUCCCUUUACCCCCAGGACCUGCCACGCGACCUGUGCGCCCUCCCCUCCCAAAAAAAGAAAAAACUGAAGAUUCACAAUGAGUUUUGACUUAAAAAUGUAAUUCCACGCAAAAUUCAUAAAAAAAUCUAAAACUAAUUACUGCAUAAUAAUAAUUCAUAGUGAUAAUUGUCUGUGCGUCCUUUGGCAUGGACUCUAUUAUAUAUAUGUAUACCGAUAUAUAUAGAAUGAGCGAGAGAGAGAGCAUUAAACACACACACUACACACAUGCAUACGUACAUAGUUAAAAGGGAAGUAAAACAAACAAAAAAAAUAAACAUUGCAAGCAACAUAAUAACUAUAUGAUUAUUAUAAUUUAUAUUAUUCCCAAAUUAAAGAUAACAGCCAAACUAA